GGGCCGCCUCUGCUCCUACCUCAGUUCUGUGCUCCUUUCUUCAUCUCUACCCCUCGCUCCCUCUCUGGAGCCUCUACUUCACCCAGCGUCAGGGGUCCUGUGCCCGGGCCCUCUGGCGUGGGGCAGGCCCGGCUCUAAAGCACUCCUACCACCAGGCCUGAUCCUCACUCCCUCUGUGGACUGUUGCUUCAGGGCCAGAGCUGCUGAGACCCCUACACCUCUGGGAUUAAAGGCCAGUGUGUGAUGAGGAAAUCCUCAUUCCCCUGCCUCACCCUGAAACUUAUCCCUCCCCCUCUGCCAUCAGCACAUUCUGUAGCCUCUUGGGUUACCUGACUGCUUGGGUGUCCCAUUUUCUUCAGGGGGGGAUUCCCUGCCAGUUCCCAGAGACUGAGCUACAGCGGUCGUGGCGGGGGGAGUGUAGGAGACGCAGGCAGUCCUGGCUUUGCCCGCCAGGGCCUGGACACUAAAUCCCUUGUUGAUGGCGGCAGCAACCCCUCCCUAGGGUAAGGUUACCAUCUUCUGCCCAGUCCCCUUGACCAUCUCCCUUCCCUACUUUCCCUUAUCUCUCUAGAGCCACUUCCUCUGCCCCCCCCAAAGAUGCUCUCCCCUCUCCUUUGAUCCCCUUGGAGCACUUCCUCUGUCCUCUGCACACACUAGGCAGGGAAGGGGCUCAGGAUGGUCAAGACAGGAGAGGCCUGAGGGGCCAUGAGACCUGAGGGCAGAGGGGUGUGCUUAGGGUGAGCUUGGAGUUGGGCGUUUAAUGUAACCAGGGAAGUUGAGGCACCUGGGGGCAGGGUCGGUAGCAGAUAACAGAAAAAUGACUUUAUUCCCUGCCCCCCCCUCCCUGGGGCUGGGGCCACCCUUCUGAGUGACAUCCCAGGCUGCAGGCCCACUGUUCUUCUCUGUCAGCAGAAAUCUCUCUCUCUUCUGACCCCUCCUGCUGGGGUCUCAGCCAGCCAAUCCCUGAUCUGGGGGAAGGGGGAGCCUGGCCCCCCCACUCCCUCAUAAGGACCAGCUGGGGGCUGGGGGGGUGGCCGGCUGCUGCAAGUGGGACUGGGGUCAGAACUUCGUGGAAGGAGGAAGAAUCUGGGGGGGGCAGGCGAGAAAAAGGAAGGAGCCCAGAUCAACAGGCAGGUGGACACACGGAAGACGUUCCCCCUCCAGUGAGAGGCCCCUAAGAAGGAAUACAUCGCCCCCUGGGCCCCAAGAAGGGAGCACAAUGGAGGCCGCACACUCCAAGUCCACAGAGGAAUGUUUGUCCUUUUUUGGGGUGAGCGAGACCACAGGCCUUACCCCAGACCAAGUUAAGCGGCAUCUGGAAAAAUACGGCCCCAAUGAGCUCCCUGCUGAGGAAGGCAAGUCCCUGUGGGAGUUGGUGGUAGAGCAGUUUGAAGACCUGCUGGUGCGGAUUCUUCUCCUGGCGGCCUGCAUCUCCUUCGUGCUGGCCUGGUUUGAGGAAGGCGAAGAAACUGUCACCGCCUUUGUGGAACCUUUUGUCAUUCUCUUGAUCCUCAUUGCCAAUGCCAUCGUGGGGGUUUGGCAGGAACGGAAUGCAGAGAACGCCAUCGAGGCACUUAAAGAGUAUGAACCUGAGAUGGGGAAGGUCUAUCGGGCUGACCGAAAGUCAGUGCAAAGGAUCAAGGCCAGGGACAUCGUCCCCGGGGAUAUCGUAGAGGUGGCUGUGGGGGACAAAGUCCCGGCAGAUAUCCGCAUCCUCUCCAUCAAAUCCACCACCCUCCGGGUCGACCAGUCCAUCUUGACAGGAGAGUCUGUAUCUGUCAUCAAGCACACAGAUCCUGUCCCUGACCCCCGAGCUGUCAACCAGGACAAGAAGAACAUGCUCUUCUCAGGUACCAACAUUGCAGCCGGCAAGGCCGUGGGCAUUGUGGCCACCACUGGUGUGAGUACUGAGAUUGGCAAGAUCCGAGACCAAAUGGCUGCCACUGAGCAGGACAAGACCCCACUGCAGCAGAAGCUUGACGAGUUUGGGGAGCAGCUGUCCAAGGUCAUCUCCCUCAUCUGUGUGGCCGUCUGGCUUAUCAACAUUGGUCACUUCAAUGACCCUGUCCAUGGAGGCUCCUGGUUCCGGGGGGCCAUUUACUAUUUCAAGAUUGCUGUGGCUUUGGCUGUGGCAGCCAUCCCAGAAGGGCUUCCUGCUGUCAUCACCACCUGCUUGGCCUUGGGUACCCGCCGGAUGGCAAAGAAGAACGCCAUCGUGAGGAGCUUGCCCUCUGUGGAGACCCUGGGCUGUACCUCUGUCAUCUGCUCUGACAAAACAGGGACCCUCACCACUAACCAGAUGUCGGUCUGCAAGAUGUUCAUCAUCGACCGGGUGGAUGGGGAUGUCUGCUCGCUGAAUGAGUUCUCCAUCACUGGCUCCACAUAUGCUCCCGAAGGAGAGGUUUUGAAGAAUGAUAAACCAAUUCGAGCAGGGCAGUAUGAUGGGCUGGUGGAGCUGGCCACCAUCUGUGCCCUCUGCAAUGACUCCUCCUUGGACUUUAAUGAGACCAAAGGUGUUUACGAGAAGGUAGGCGAGGCCACGGAGACAGCCCUCACUACCUUGGUGGAGAAGAUGAAUGUGUUCAACACUGAAGUGAGAAGCCUCUCGAAAGUGGAGCGGGCUAAUGCCUGCAACUCGGUGAUCCGCCAACUAAUGAAGAAGGAAUUCACCCUGGAAUUCUCCCGCGACAGAAAGUCUAUGUCUGUUUACUGUUCGCCAGCUAAGUCUUCUCGGGCUGCUGUAGGAAACAAGAUGUUUGUCAAGGGUGCCCCCGAGGGGGUCAUCGACCGCUGUAACUAUGUGCGUGUUGGCACAACCCGUGUGCCAUUGACAGGCCCGGUGAAGGAAAAGAUCAUGUCAGUGAUCAAGGAGUGGGGGACUGGUCGGGACACCCUACGCUGCCUGGCCCUGGCCACCCGGGACACCCCCCCUAAACGAGAGGAGAUGGUUCUAGAUGACUCAGCCAAGUUCAUGGAGUAUGAGAUGGACCUGACAUUUGUUGGUGUUGUGGGCAUGCUGGAUCCACCCCGCAAGGAAGUCACAGGCUCUAUCCAGCUGUGCCGCGAUGCUGGGAUCCGAGUAAUCAUGAUCACCGGGGACAACAAGGGGACAGCCAUUGCCAUUUGCCGACGAAUUGGCAUCUUUUCGGAGAAUGAGGAGGUGACAGACCGUGCCUACACUGGCCGUGAGUUUGACGAUCUGCCCCUGGCUGAGCAGCGGGAAGCCUGCAGACGCGCCUGCUGCUUUGCCCGUGUGGAGCCCUCACACAAGUCCAAGAUUGUGGAGUACCUGCAGUCCUAUGAUGAGAUCACAGCCAUGACAGGGGAUGGUGUCAAUGAUGCCCCUGCCCUGAAAAAGGCUGAGAUUGGCAUUGCCAUGGGCUCUGGUACUGCUGUAGCUAAGACAGCCUCCGAGAUGGUACUGGCUGAUGAUAACUUCUCCACUAUCGUGGCUGCUGUGGAGGAGGGCCGCGCCAUCUACAACAACAUGAAGCAGUUCAUCCGCUACCUCAUUUCCUCCAACGUGGGCGAGGUGGUCUGCAUCUUCCUGACAGCCGCCUUGGGGCUGCCUGAGGCCCUGAUCCCUGUGCAGCUGCUAUGGGUGAACCUGGUGACUGAUGGGCUCCCUGCUACCGCUCUGGGAUUCAACCCACCUGACCUGGACAUCAUGGACCGUCCCCCCAGGAGUCCCAAGGAGCCUCUCAUCAGUGGCUGGCUCUUCUUCCGCUACAUGGCAAUUGGGGGCUAUGUGGGUGCAGCCACUGUGGGAGCAGCUGCCUGGUGGUUCCUGUAUGCAGACGAUGGGCCUCAUGUCACCUACCACCAGCUGACUCACUUCAUGCAAUGCACUGAGCACAACCCUGAAUUCGACGGCCUGGACUGUGAAGUCUUUGAGGCCCCUGAGCCCAUGACCAUGGCCCUGUCGGUGUUGGUGACUAUUGAAAUGUGCAAUGCUCUCAACAGCCUGUCUGAGAACCAGUCCCUGCUGCGGAUGCCGCCCUGGGUGAACAUCUGGCUGCUGGGUUCCAUCUGCCUGUCCAUGUCCCUCCACUUCCUCAUCCUCUAUGUUGACCCCCUGCCGAUGAUCUUCAAGCUCCGGGCCCUGGACUUCACCCAGUGGCUCAUGGUCCUCAAGAUCUCGCUUCCGGUCAUCGGGCUAGACGAGCUUCUCAAGUUCAUUGCUCGGAACUAUCUGGAGGAUCCAGAAGAUGAAAGAAGGAAGUAAACAGCCCUUUCGCCCUGCCGUCCCCACCCUCAUAGCAAUGCAUCUUCAGCCAGAGCUGAGACACAGACCCUUUUUCUCCCCCAAUUCUGUUUAUAAACAAAGUUCCCUGACCCUCUUCCCCCUUCAGCAACCUGCCCUCCCUCUGAACCUGUACAUCCCUUCCCAACCUCAUGGGGCUUGCAGGGACAAGGCGACUGACUGAGCUGAGCUGCUUAUUUAUUCAAAAUAAAUGACAGAAAAGUCUGGCCUUGCCUCCGUA